UCGACCGGCGUCCUGAGACAAACACAUAAUGCUGAGACACACAGACAGACACACUUCUGAGGACACUGACUGGGACGUGAAGGCCAAAGAGUGUCUCACUUUGGUUUAGUGAUGUCAUGCAGUAUGGUAAUGACAUAAGAUGAAAGCUCCACCCAGCCUGAGUGGGACGAGUCACAGCGAGACAUCAAUGAGAACUCUGGAUCAGAUCCGUCUGUCUCUCUGCAGCUCCUGUCUCGAGACUUCAUGAUUCAUUGUUUCUUUUUGAAAAACUUCAGAGGGUAAAAAGAUCUGACCAUCCUCAGCUGUCUCUGUGUUUCCUGCUUUUUCUUCCUCUACUCUUCCAGCUGUCUGUCUCUCUUUAUGUCUCACUGUGUCUCUUGAGUGAUUUCAGAGACAAUAGGAGAACCAGAGAGGACGACAGAUCAAGUGAAUUUGUCCUGAAGCAUCAGGAGAUCAGAUCCAGCACUGAUGAUGUACCUCAUGAUGUCCAAAUGUUCCUCAGUGCUCCGGGUUCUUCUGCUGCUCAUUCUCCUGGAGUUCUGCUCUGGAUAUCCAGCUGAAGAUGAGGAUUAUUACAUGCAGGAGCUUGUGAGUCGAGAGCAUUACCACCGUGUCCCGUCCACAGAGGAUAGCGUGACUGAUGGCCGUAAAACACCAGGACGAGCCGUUCGGAAGGAGAGCCAAACCAGAUUAACUGCAUCCAAACAAACAGCUGGAUCUGAUUCAGUGUCAGUGAAAACUGGAAAUAAAGCAAGUGAGAAGACGGCAGUGAAGACGGUCACUAAUGCAGACGCUCUGUUUGUUUCUAAGAGAAACAUUUAAUGUCUUCUUCUCAGAUUGUCCUCCUCUGGGUUUGGAGACUGUUAAGAUCGAUGAUUUCCAGCUUCACGCAUCCACCAUGAAACACUACGGUCUGGGACCUCACAGGGGUCGACUCAACAUCCAGGGGGGUUUGUUUGAAGAUGAUCUGUAUGACGGCGGCUGGUGUGCCGGUAGGAAUGACCCGCUGCAGUGGUUUGAGGUGGACGCUCGCAGACUCACCAGAUUCACAGGUGUCAUCACUCAGGGGCGGAGCUCUCUCUGGUCGAGUGAUUGGGUGAGCUCAUAUAAAGUUCUGUUUAGUAAUGAUUCUCACAGCUGGAUGACCCUUAAGAACGGCUCCAGAGAUCUGAUUUUCCCUGGAAAUCAAGAGAAGGAAAUUCCCGUCCUGAACACUUUCCCAGAACCCGUGGUGGCACGUUACAUCCGCAUCAAUCCUCGAUCCUGGUACCCCGGCGGCAGCAUCUGUAUGCGCUUGGAGAUCCUCGGCUGCCCGAUGCCAGAUCCAAACAAUUAUUACAGGAGACGAAAUGAGAUCACCACCACAGAUAUCCUGGACUUUAAACACCACAGUUAUAAAGAGAUGAGACAGCUGAUGAAGGUGGUGAAUGAUAUGUGUCCAAACAUCACGCGCAUCUACAACAUCGGCAAAAGUUACAACGGACAGAAACUUUACGCCAUCGAGAUCUCUGACAACCCGGGAGAGCACGAGCUCGGUGAGCCUGAGUUUCGCUACACCGCCGGUUCCCAUGGAAACGAGGUGCUGGGGCGGGAGCUGCUGCUGCUGCUCAUGCAGUUCAUGUGUCAGGAGUAUCUGUCCGGUAACCCACGGAUACGCCACCUGGUGGACGAGACACGCAUACACCUGCUGCCGUCCAUCAACACCGACGGUUACGAGAAAGCUUCUGAAGUGGGGUCAGAGUUGAGCGGCUGGUCUCUUGGCCGUUGGUCUCAGGACGGUCUGGACAUUCAUCAUAACUUCCCGGAUCUCAACUCUCUCCUCUGGGACGCAGAAGCCCGUAAACGAGUCCCGCGCAAAUACUUCAACCACCACAUCCCCGUCCCAGACUGGUACCAAUCCACAAACGCCACUGUUGCCACAGAGACCCGCGCUCUGGUGUCGUGGAUGGAGAAGAUCCCGUUCGUGUUGGGUGGGAAUCUUCAGGGCGGCGAGCUGGUGGUGACGUUCCCGUACGACCGCACACGCUCUGUGACGGCGCUCCGAGAGGCCACGCCCACUCCUGACGAUCACGUGUUCCGCUGGCUGGCGUUCUCCUAUGCGUCCACACAUCGUCUCAUGACGGACGUCAGUCGCCGCGUCUGCCACACCGACGACUUUGCCAGAGAGGACGGAACCAUCAACGGGGCGUUGUGGCACACAGCUGCAGGAAGUAUGAAUGAUUUCAGUUACCUGCACACAAACUGUUUUGAGCUCUCCAUGUAUGUGGGAUGUGAUAAAUACCCGCACGAGUCAGAAUUACCUGAAGAAUGGGAGAAUAACCGCGAGUCUCUGCUCGUCUUCAUGGAACAGGUUCAUCGUGGAAUUAAAGGUGUAGUCAGAGAUUUUCAGGGUAGAGGAAUCGCUAACGCUGUUAUUACUGUGGACGGGAUCAAUCACGACAUUCGUUCAGCGGCUGACGGCGAUUACUGGCGUCUGUUGAAUCCUGGUGAAUAUCGUGUGAUGGUGCGUGCAGACGGCUUCAGCAUCAGCAGUAAAGUGUGUACGGUGGGGUACGAGAUCGGUGCCAGCAGGUGCGACUUCACACUCAACCGCUCGAAUCUAUCACGAAUCAAAGAAAUCAUGAAGAAAUUCAACAAACAGCCAAUCAGCAUGCGACAGAGACACAGACGACUGCACACAUAGAAACAGAGGUGUGUGUGAGUGUGUGUAGUGUGUGUAGUGUUGUGUGAGUGUGUUGUGUAGUGUUGUGUGAGUGUGUUGUGUAGUGUUGUGUGUGUAGUGUUGUGUGUGUAGUGUUGUGUUUGUGUGAGUGUGUGUAGUGUUGUGUGUAGUGUGUGUGAGUGUGUGUGUAGUGUUGUGUGUGUAGUGAUGUGUGUGUUUGCGUGAGUGUGUAGUGUUGUGUGUGUGUGUGUGUGUGUAGUGUGUGAGUGUGUGUGUAGUGUUGUGUGUAGUGUUGUGUGUGUGUGCGUGUAGUGUUGUGUGUGCGUGUAGUGUUGUGUGUGCGUAGUGUUGUGUGUGUAGUGUUGUGUGUGUGUGUGUGUGUGUGUGUGUAGUGUUGUGUGUGUGUAGUGUUGUGUGUGUGUAGUGUUGUGUGUGUGUGUGUGCGUGUGGUGUUGUGUGUGUGUGCGUGUAGUGUUGUGUGUGUGUAGUGUUGUAGUGUUGUGUGUGUGUGUGUGUAGUGUUUUGUGUGUGUGUGUGUGUGAGUGUGUGUGUGUGUUUCAUCAUCAGUUUGAUUUUCCUGGAGUGAACACAACAGAAGCGUCACUCUUCACAGGACUGAACUGAAUCUACUGUGACGUUUUUAAAUGUAAACAUGCUUAUCAAUAAUAUAUUUGCAAAUGACUUGUAUUAUUCACAGUUUUAUCAAGAGAAUAUUUUAUAUUGUCCAGUAACUGCUUCUGUUGACAUUUAUUUGCUUGGUUAAUCUUUUCUCUCAGUUAACUCAGCAAUAAGUUGAAAUGAAUAAUGACUAAAGGUGACGUAACCUGUGCUGUUCUGGUUAAAUCUACAUCAGCAUCUAUUAUUCAUUUAUCAUAGUUUCUCUUUCAUUUCUUUAUUUUUACCAGGAAAGACAAACAAAUAAGUCAGCUACAAACAUGUAUAAAGUUAUAGUAAGUACAGUAGUAAGAUAAUAGUUUUAUAAUGUAAGGAAAAUUAAUGCUUUAGCAGCAAAACACAUCACGUUUUAAUUAAUACAGAAAUUAGAAAUACAAAAAUAACUGAUAAACAUUAUAUUAAUAUUAUUAAAAGAUGUAAUAUACACAAAAUAGGCUUAUAAGAUUGAGUUGGUGUCUUCAUUUUCAUUGUGAUUUCAUUUCUCCCAGUAACUUUGAAAUAAUCAUUAUAUUAUAAUAGUUAUUGUGCAUUUACAGGAGCUUCUGCUUUAAACCAGUUCUGUUUGGUUUUUCAUGUUUUGAAAUGUUAAUAAGGUAAAUUGUUGAAUAUUUCCUCCGGAUAUCAUAUCCCAAACUCCUGUAUUGAGAAUAUUCAUUCAUAAUGCAGAAUGAGUUACAGAACUCUGAAUAAAUAUCACACUGAAUCAGCA